AUGUGGAAACAUUUUAAAUUCAAUCCUGAUUCAAUCAAUUUAUCAUGUCGUACAGACGUUCAAUUCAAUGAGUUUGAUAGAUUACUACAAUUCGAAUGGAAUCGUGCUUUAGCUCAAGGUUUAUUCACGUUCCAAAUUGAUAAUCAAAUCAAACAACGUGUUCUUGACGGUGAUCUUCAUUAUAUAGUUGAAUUAAAUCCAAGUCGAUUCGAAAAACGUCGAAUGCCAUAUGCAUUUGAACAUGUUAAUACACCAUUUGACUCGAAUAAAUUCAAUUUCAAUAAAAUUAGCGAGCAGGAAAUUCUUUUCGCUUUAGACGAUGAACAACAAACGGAUAAACAUUUAGUAAUUAUCAAUAACUCGCCAAUUCGUUAUUAUCAUGUACUGCUCGUACCAGAUCGUCAACGUGAACAAACACAGAUAUUAACAAUAGAUAGUCUGCUAUUUGCAUUUCGUUUCGUUUUAUCAAGCGCUCAUCCAUUUAUCUACGUUGGUUUCAAUUCCCUCUGUGGUUUUGCGUCAAUUAAUCAUCUUCAUCUCCAUGGAUUAUAUAUGCCUGAUCGUAUAUUUCUUCAAACAGUGAAAUGUUCUCCGUUCCAUCCGGAAACAAAUUGUUAUCUUCAUACUUUAUUCGACGCGGAAGCAGUUGCAUUCGAAAUCAAACAUAUUGAGGAACUCGAUCGAAUUGUCCGGUGUAUUCACAAAGUAACAAGCUACUUGGCUGCGUCGAGCGUUGCACAUAAUUUAUCAAUUGUGAAAGGUGAUUCGUUUUCUGAUUUCUCUCAACCGGCCCUGCGCAUUUUUGUAUGGUUCCGUCAACCAAAUAUCGGAGCCAAACCAGUUGAUCGAUGUAAUCUCGCUUGUCUUGAGAUGUCAGGUUACGUAUUCCUUCGGUAUGAGGAAGUGUUUCAUGACAUAAGUGAAACGGAAUUACGCGAAAAGAUUAAUACGUUGGCAUUACCGUUGAAAGAGCAGCAGAAGAUUAAAGAUGAUAUAAAAACUCUGUUAGAUCAAGAGAUAUGA